CUAAAUAAAUAAACCAUAUUCGAGGCUUUCAAAAACCCGAGAGAGAGAGAGAGAGAGAGAGCGAGAGAGCAUAAGCGCCUGAGCCAUAUGAAUUCUGGCGUCCUCCUCGCUCAGAGAGCUCUCUGUCUAAUUAUUGCUUCUCCAGCAAGCCAGUCAGAGUCCUUCAGUCCCAACGCCAAAGCCUCCCGUCCGCCUUCCAUCUCUCUCUAAUAAUGCUCGCCUCAAACCCUAACCAUGGCGUACCCAAGGCCCCAGAAUCCGACCACCUCUACUUGUCCGACGACGGCGAGGGCCACCGUCUCAGCCAAGACAUCGACAGCACGUGUUCCACUCCCUACGUCAGCGCGCCUUCGAGCCCCGGCCGUGGCCCGAUUGGCUACUUCUUCAGUGCACCGGCCAGUCCAAUGCACUAUGUAUUGUCCAAAGCUCCGUCUUCGCCUUCCGAGGCCGCGAAUCUAUUUUCAACUGAGUCGUCUGACGUGUCUGGAUCCUUCGAGUUCGAAUUUUCUUCUAGGUUCUCUCCCAACGGUUCAGCUGGGAAUGGAUCGAUGAGUUCGGCAGACGAGUUGUUCUUGAACGGUCAGAUCCGGCCAAUGAAGCUGUCCUCUCACUUGCAGAGGCCUCAGGUUUUGGCUCCGUUGUUGGAUCUCGAGGGCGAAGAGGGCGACGAAGAGGGAGACGGCCGACUGCAGUGUGAAAGCCGUGAAGUGUCGGUUACGAGAGGGAGGGAUCUGAGGUCGCGUAACAGAUCGCUUCACCGGAAAGCCAGAUCCAUGUCGCCGUUAAGAACUGCUCAGUUUCAGUGGCACGAAGAAACUGUUGUUCGUGGCGACGAGGUCUCCAACCGUAUCCUGAAGUUGGAAGAAGGAUCUGAGAGUAAACAGGAGGGUACGCCGUCGAUUGAGACAACGCCGUCUGGUUCUGAGUCGUCUUCGAGGUCUUCGUCGUCGGGAAGGAACUCGAAGAAGUGGAUAUUCUUGAAAGAUCUCUUGCACAGAAGCAAAAGCGAAGGCAGAGAGAAUAACAAAGACAAGUUCUGGUUGUCCAUCUCCUUCUCGCCGGCGAAGGAGAAGAAACUCGCUUCACCCUCACUCACUCCCUCGUCUUCAAGGGACGAGAAAGAAAAACGUCGCAGCGAACCGCAAAAGCAGAAGCGGGGCAGUAAACAACUUGCGGCCGGAAAAACGGCUACCGGAAGACCUGCCAACGGCAUAAGGAAGCGUCAAGUCCCUCCUUCGCCUCACGAGUUGCAUUACACCGCCAAUAGAGCCCAGGCGGAGGAGAUGAAGAAGAGGACCUUCUUGCCGUACAGGCAAGGCCUGCUUGGAUGCCUAGGAUUUAGUUCCAAGAGUUACGGCGCCCUUAAUGGACUUGCUAGAACUCUGAAUCCUGUCUCCUCAAGGUAAAACAAUUGAGCUUGUGUAUAGGUUUGGCAUAUUCUUGCCAGUAAUCUUCUUAUUACUGUUGGUAUUCAUCAUCGAGCUCUGUACAGUAGAGAUCCUUGCUUGGAUCACUGUUCUCUGCCAGAGCUUUGCUUCUCUGGCCACCAAUGGCGUUGAGUGCUCUGCACUCUAUCUACCAAAUCAUGACUGUUAUCUUAUUAUUGUAUAUGUUGUAUUUUGGAUCCA